AAGUCCACGGGGUACUUGGGGAGCCCCCGAUAUGGCCGGCGUCUUCGACAUCGACCUGGAAACGGAGGAAGGGAGCGACGGGGAGGAGCCUGAACUGGGGGCCUUGGAAGUGGACCCCGAUUUUCGUAUCAGUAGCUCAGAUUUUGUGCCAGGUUAUUAUGAGGAAAUUGAAAUCUCUGAAAGCAGUGUCAACAAUGGCCCAGAAUGCAUUGGGCCCCACUGCUUCGAGCUACUGCGUGUUUUGGGAAAGGGUGGUUAUGGCAAGGUGUUCCAGGUCCGGAAGGUACAAGGCACAAAUUCUGGAAAAAUCUUUGCCAUGAAGGUGUUAAAGAAAGCCAAGAUUGCCUGUAAUGCCAAGGACACAGCACACACAAAGGCUGAGAGAAAUAUUCUGGAGGCCAUCAAACACCCAUUCAUAGUAGACCUCAUCUAUGCUUUCCAGACUGGUGGCAAGCUCUACCUCAUCCUGGAAUGUCUCAGUGGAGGGGAACUCUUCAUGCAGCUGGAGCGGGAAGGCAUCUUCCUGGAGGACACAGCCUGUUUCUAUCUGAGCGAGAUCACCCUGGCUCUUGGCCAUCUCCACUUUAACGGCAUCAUUUACCGGGAUCUUAAGCCAGAGAACAUAAUGCUAAAUAGCCACGGGCACAUUAAACUGACGGAUUUUGGGCUUUGCAAGGAAUCCAUCCAUGAUGGUGCUGUCACCCACACCUUUUGUGGCACUAUAGAAUACAUGGCCCCAGAAAUAUUGAUGCGCAGUGGCCACAAUCGGGCUGUUGAUUGGUGGAGCCUUGGUACCCUGAUGUAUGACAUGCUCACAGGAUCGCCUCCAUUUACCGCUGAAAACCGCAAAAAGACAAUUGACAAAAUCCUGAAAGGCAAGUUGAUGUUUCCACCCUACUUGACUUCAGAUGCUCGGGAUCUGCUCAGGAAGUUUCUCAAAAGGAACCCCAAUCAACGAAUUGGGGGUGGGCCAGGUGAUGCUGCAGAUGUUCAGAAACACCCAUUCUUCCGACACAUUAACUGGGAUGACUUGUUGGCCAGGAGAGUUGAUCCACCAUUCCGGCCAUUUUUGCAAUCGGAAGAUGAUGUCAGCCAGUUUGACACCCGCUUCACUCGCCAGACACCUGUGGAUAGUCCUGACGACAGCUCUCUCAGCGAGAGUGCCAAUCAGGCUUUUCUGGGAUUUACCUACGUGGCUCCAUCUGUGCUGGAAAGUAUCAAAGAAGGGUUUUUCUUCCAACCCAAGUUGCGAUCUCCACGGCGUCUCAACAGCAGCCCCCGCACACCUGUCAGCCCACUGAAGUUCUCACCCUUUGACCCCUUCAAGCCAAGCACAACGGUAGAGUUAAUGGAGCUGUCAGCCACCCCUCCUGGGCCUGUACUGGAAGUCACGGCUCCAUUGCCCAUCAAAACACCUUCAGGCACCAAAAAGAAGAAAGGCCGAGGACGGGCACGAUAACUGGGCAGCAAGGAGAUCUCUGGAUAUGCAUCAUCAGGUGGAGCACUGGGGUGGGGCAGUGGGUGGUCAGGAUUGUGUCUGUGGGACUUCAAGCCCUCCUGGAAGUCCCGUUUUACCUUUCAGUUCACAGGGCCACCUUCACUCCCAGCGAGAAAGGGAUACCUGAUGUUGGUGCUUCCUUGAUGUCAGGACUAACUCAGCCAUGGUGCUUUUAGUUCAAUCUACAAUGAAUCCUGGAGGGAAGAGAAUAAUUUGGGAUGCACAAAGGAGCUGUGAGCAGCAGAAUUCUGCCUUAUUAUCACCCUGGGAACAUUUGUCUGAGUGCAUCUUGGAAUUUUGCAGAGAGGCUAGUCAAAGAAAAAGCACAUCUCUGGCUUACAUCAUGGCUGCUCUAAUUGAAGGCUCAGGACCUGUAAAGGAAACAAAGCAACUUUGAGAAAGUGGAA